AUGGGGUGUAAGAUACGGGAUGACAAUCUUGAAAAAGUGAAGGCCUUGAUGUACUUUAAGAUUCUCAUCGACGAGACAACGGACAUUGCCACCGUGUCGGAAAUUAUCGUGUAUGUUCAGUUUCUUGAAGACAGAAUGGGCUGCACGGUUUUCCUCUCUGUUCUUCCACUGAAAGACGGCAAGGCAGAGACCAUCUUCAAUGCCCAGAUAACAUUUAUCGAGGAACAUGGUUUAGACAUUCAGAAGAUGUGCGCCUUCGGUAGCAAUGGUGCCAGUGUUAUGUUAGGCUGUGAAAAUGGUGUUGCUGCGCGCCUGCGUAACUUUGUGCCACAUCUCAUUAAUAAUCACUGUGUUGCACAUAAGUUGGCACUUGCCGUCAGACAGGCAUCAAGAGGAAUACCCUACCUUCUGAAAUUUUAA